CCCUCUCCAGCAUUGAAGCCCCAGGCUCACUCUUCUGGAGCAGCCUCUGGAUAUUUAUCUUGGCCACUACUGACGUUAAUGAGUUACUGCGAGCCUAGCUCUGGAGCAAAGGUCUGGGUGGGCAAGUAGAGCCGCUUUUCUGCAUGUUACUACCUCCUCCUGGGGCAGCAGCCAUGUCCAUUUAGAGCAAAGGCCACACCCUUCGGUGCCCCACUUGAGGGGCUGGUUUUCAAGUGCUGGUCUCCGAUUUGUCCUUAUGACCCUUGGAAGUUGCUUAAACAGUAAGCUGCUGCUGAUCCUGAAGGGGGCGGUAGUGGAGCGCACACUAAUGGUGUGUUGCUUAGGAAGCUCCUGCGGUGAAAUCUUCUAUUCCAAGGACAGUGAAGGAAGCUGGUUCCGUUCCCUCUUUGUCCACAAGGUGGAUCCUCGGAAGGACGCCCACUCCACUCUGCUGUCCAAGAAGGAGACUAGUAACCUCUACAAGAUCCAGUUUCACAACGUGAAGCCCGAAUGUCUGGAUGCCUACAACAGUCUGACGGAGGCUGUACUGCCCAAGCUGCACCUGGAUGAAGACUAUCCCUGCUCGCUUGUGGGCAACUGGAACACGUGGUACGGGGAGCAGGACCAGGCAGUACACCUAUGGCGGUUCUCAGGUGGCUACCCGGCCCUCAUGGACUGCAUGAACAAGCUAAAAAACAACAAGGAGUACCUUGAGUUCCGGAAGGAACGGAGCAAGAUGCUGCUGUCCAGGAGAAACCAGUUGCUUCUGGAGUUCAGCUUCUGGAAUGAGCCACAGCCCCGAGCUGGCCCCAAUAUCUAUGAGCUGAGGACAUAUAAACUCAAGCCAGGAACCAUGAUUGAAUGGGGAAACAACUGGGCUCGGGCCAUCAAGUACCGCCAGGAGAACCAGGAGGCGGUGGGAGGCUUCUUUUCACAAAUAGGAGAGCUCUACGUGGUGCAUCACUUAUGGGGUAGGUUGGAGGCACUCAAGCCUCUGUCCGUCCCUUCAUAAAACAUGUGGAUGCAU